AUGAUCCAGGACGACAACGACGUUUUGGAGCCGCCGAUCAAUUUCUCGAUGGUGGACGAGGGCAUUUUCAGAUCAGGCUUCCCUCAGCCGCCCAAUUUCCCAUUCCUCAAAACCCUUCAACUCCGAUCCAUCAUAUAUCUGUGCCCGGAGCCCUACCCGGAGGAGAAUCUGGAGUUUCUUCGGUCUCAAAACAUCCACCUGCUCCAAUUUCGGAAUCGAGGGGAAGAAGGAGGCUUCUUCUUCGGCUGCGUCGUCGAUCCCCAAGCAGACGAUCUUGGAGGCUCUGAAGGUGUUGAUCGACGUGAGGAACCAUCCGGUGUUGAUCCACUGCAAACGUGGCAAGCAUCGGACGGGUUGUCUCGUGGGUGUGCUGCGGAAAUUUCAGAAUUGGUGCUUGGCUUCGGUGUUUGA